GCCCGGCGCGACGCUUACUGACGCUACCGGCGCGCCCUCCGUGACGUCAAGCGUCCGCGCCGGAAGUGGACGGCCUGCGGCCGGGCUGGGAGCCGUGUGCCGGAGCCCGAGGAGCAGGAGGGGCUCGGGCCAGCCAGGCUGAGGGGCGCCAGAAGGCCCGGAAGCGAACUCGAGGCCGAGCCCCCGCACCCCGGGGGACAGAAACCCCACUACACCCGGCCGGGAGCCGGCGCUGUGUGACGAUGGCGGGGCCCGAGCUGCUGCUCGACUCCAACAUCCGCCUCUGGGUGGUCCUGCCCAUCGUUAUCAUCACCUUCUUCGUGGGCAUGAUCCGCCACUACGUGUCCAUCCUGCUGCAGAGCGACAAGAAGCUCACCCAGGAACAAGUCUCCGACAGUCAAGUCCUCAUUCGAAGCAGAGUCCUCAGGGAAAAUGGAAAAUACAUUCCCAAACAGUCCUUCUUGACACGAAAAUAUUACUUCAACAACCCAGAGGAUGGAUUUUUCAAAAAAACGAAAAGGAAGGUAGUGCCUCCUUCUCCUAUGACUGAUCCCACGAUGCUGACAGACAUGAUGAAAGGCAACGUGACCAAUGUCCUCCCGAUGAUCCUGAUUGGCGGGUGGAUCAACAUGACGUUUUCGGGCUUUGUCACAACCAAGGUCCCAUUUCCCCUGACCCUCCGCUUCAAGCCCAUGCUGCAGCAAGGAAUCGAACUGCUCACAUUAGAUGCAUCCUGGGUGAGUUCCGCAUCCUGGUACUUCCUCAACGUCUUUGGGCUUCGGAGCAUUUACUCCCUGAUUCUGGGUCAGGAUAAUGCCGCUGACCAGUCACGAAUGAUGCAGGAGCAGAUGACAGGCGCCGCCAUGGCCAUGCCCGCGGACACCAACAAGGCCUUCAAGACAGAGUGGGAAGCUUUGGAGCUGACCGACCACCAGUGGGCACUGGAUGAUGUGGAAGAAGAGCUCAUGGCAAAAGACCUCCACUUUGAGGGCAUGUUCAAGAAGGAAUUACAGACGUCUAUUUUUUGAAGCGCCAGCGGGGAUGAGCUGUGUCGGGAGCUCAGAGCAGCACUUGUAACUUGCGUGUGAGCCAGAGCCUCUGGGAAUAAAAAGGAAGGUG